AUGGUUAACAACUACCUGUUUACAAACCCUCUAUGUGACACAGUGGGCACGCCGGAGGAGCUGUUGAAACACACGACCAACAUCAGUGAGCUCAAGAGGUCGUUCCUGGAGACGGGCGCCGACUCGGCUGGCCUUACCGAAUGGGAGAAGAGGCUGUCAUCGUCCCCCCUGCGCUCGCCGCGCCUUGACGAGGCCCCCAUGAUCGAACCCCUGGAACUCGACGAGGUACCGAGCCAAGAGGAUGAGGGAGAGGAUGAGAGAGAGAGAGCCAUGGCUGCAGGCGGUAGCGUUGAGGAGGACAUCAAGCACAGCCCUGUGGAUACUAAGACUACUGUGACAACAGAGAAGGUGGAGCGGAUCGUGCUGCAGACAGAGGUGGUAUCAUCCCAACAAGAAAAAGACCAGGACCAGCCUGAGCUGAAGUCGGCACAGCCAGAACAGCCUGACAACUUGGAGAACCAGGCAGAGCAUCAGACUGAGCAGUUGUCUGUGCUGGAGGCUCCAGAGGUCCUAACCUUCAACAGGGCAGACGUGGUGGAUGUGACCCAUGGGGUCCCUGUAAUACACACGGAAAUGAAAACUGUCACAUACCAGUCACUAGAGGCUGAAGCUGAUCCCGAGGCGGGGGUGUUGAUGAGUGCCCAGACCAUCACCUCAGACACCACCAGCACCACCACAACCACACAUAUCACCAAGACUGUGAAAGGAGGCAUCUCGGAAACCAGGAUCGAGAAGAGAAUCGUAAUCUCGGGUGAUGCAGACAUGGACCAUGACGAGGCCUUGGCUCAGGCCAUAAAGGAGGCCAAAGAGCAGCACCCUGACAUGUCAGUGACCAAAGUAGUGGUCCACAAAGAGACUGAGAUCACGCCCGAGGAGGGCGAAGAGUGACCGCAGGAGUGACGGGUCACCGGGUUCACUAACGUUUCGGGAGCAUUCUGUUAACGUUACUUCACGCUGUUCAGAGUAAGGGACGCAAGCAGGAUAGUGGCGUUGCCGACGGACAGCACCCCACUGUAGCAGACACUAAUACUGCAUCCGACCACUACUAAACUAACCUCAUCCACCCACACUCCCUCACUCACUCACCAUCACUACUGGCAAACACAAACCUCCAAAGCUACCUUCAUAGGAACAUGUAUAUUGCAUGAAAAGGGAACAAUUCUGCAUUUUUGUAAAAGAAAAAAAAAGAUAUAUCAAAAGUUCUACAUGUUUUGCUUGACCUGUAAACUCAGACUCAAAGGUUUAAGAAUGUAUGUGAUGAGAGUUAAGAUAGUAUCGAUCAUUAUGUUGUAUUUAUUAUCAAACUGCUCACUUGGAAACAUGUAUAAUAGUAGGCUAUGAUGGCACAAUAUUUAUCCACGCAAUAGAUGUGGCAUUCAUCUUGUCAUAAGUCCCCUUAUUUAUCCCAAAUGCUGAUUUUAUCCAAUUUUACAUAGAGUAUUCCCUUUAAAAAGACAACAAUAAUAUCUAUGGUACUGGUACAUGCAUUUGCUUAGUAGGUCAUUCAUCCUCAAAGAUGAUUUUGUUGUUUUUACUUUAAUUGUAAAUAUGCUUAUUUGGUUUUCAUUAAUUACAAGGUGAGGAUGAGGAUGAUGAGGCAAAAUAUUGUAGAAGUGUUAGUUAGCAGGAAAAGUUAAACAGACUCCAUUACUGUGACCUCUGAGGUGAUUAAGAAACCCCUUAUAAUACAGUAUUUGUCUUUACACUGUUGAUUGUACUUUCUUGUUGGCUUGUAUCUGAAAUUAUACCCUAUUCCAUAUGGGCUCUGGUCAUAAGUAGUGUACUAUAUAGGGAAUAUGAUGCAAUUUUAGAUACAUAAUUGUUAAAACACAUUCUUAAAGGAAAAUUCCACCCAAAAACAAUAUUUUGGUAUUUGUUUCAUUAGUCCAUUGUUAACACAGUCCCAACAUG